GUGUGUGUGUGUGUGUGUGUGUGUGUGUGUGUGUGUGUGUGUGUGUGUGUGUGUGUGUGUGUGUGUGUGUGUAUGUGUGUGUGUGUGUGUGUGUGUGUGUGUGUGUGUGUGUGUGUGUGUGUGUCAUUCCAAGAAAACACCAAACCGAGUUCCCCCCUCAGAGCUCAGACUGCGCUCUGCACAGGCGCAGAACGCAGCUCGGUGCCGAAGAAGCUGAAGGGCACUAAGGCAGCGGAACCCACCGACACACCGACACUUUCCCCGCGGACAGCCGCCGCUGCAGACGCCAGAGUCCCGCUAGAAAACAGAGCAUUUGAAACCCUCGUGGAGCUGCUGUGUGGAGGCGACUCCCCGCUGUUUCCAGGCUGAGCUCAGAGCUGCACAGGGAUGGAUUUAAGCAGAUGAUAGCUGAACGCAUGAGAGAUGCUGCAGGAGAAAGGUUCAGCGGUGACGGAUGAAUGUAUGACCGGCGGCGGCGGCGGCAGCGAGGAGACGGAUGUCCUUCCAGACCAGUCACGACCGGGCCUUUCCACAGCUCCCAGCAUCCCCACAUCCAGUGAACCUGAUCAGAACAUCGAGAACAUAAAGGUCGUUCUUCAUGAGAGGGAGCUGUGGAAGAAGUUCCACGAGGCCGGCACAGAGAUGAUCAUCACAAAAGCAGGCAGGAGGAUGUUUCCGAGCUACAAGGUGAAAGUGACCGGGAUGAACCCUAAAACCAAAUACAUCCUGCUUAUAGACGUCGUCCCGGCUGAUGACCAUCGCUACAAGUUCUGUGACAACAAGUGGAUGGUAGCUGGCAAAGCGGAGCCAGCGAUGCCUGGCAGACUCUAUGUGCACCCUGAUUCCCCCGCCACAGGAGCUCACUGGAUGAGGCAGCUGGUGUCGUUUCAGAAGCUCAAGCUAACAAACAAUCACCUGGACCCUUUUGGGCACAUUAUCCUGAACUCUAUGCACAAGUACCAGCCCAGACUACACAUUGUCAAAGCAGAUGAAAACAAUGCCUUCGGAUCCAAGAACACCGCCUACUGUACUCAUGUCUUUAAUGAGACGGCCUUCAUCUCUGUAACGUCUUACCAAAACCACAAGAUCACACAGUUGAAGAUAGAAAACAAUCCAUUCGCCAAAGGAUUCAGAGGAAGUGAAGAAGGAGACCUGCGCAUUUCAAGACUACAGGGGAAAGAAUAUCCAGUGAUUUCAAAGAACAUGGUUCGACAGAGGCUUAUCUCGUCGCAUAGUCACCUAGCAGGGAAGCUCGGUGCAGGAGUUCUUACUGGACACCCUCAAGUCCUGUCUUCCUAUCAGUAUGAGAGCGGGGUUCCUUUGUCCAACACAGACCCCCAAGAUCCAAUCUCAAAUCAUUUUCCUCAGAGCAGAGAUCCCAGCCUUCUGUACCACUGCUUCAAGCAUAGAGAUAACACCAGACAUCUGGAGCUUGGGUGUAAGCGGCCAUACCUGGAUGCAUCAUCUGGGGUCUCAGAGGAGCAUUACUUUCGUUCAGCUCCAUCUUACGAGUCGCCCAUACUGUCUCAUCCGUACUGCACUGAGUCAAUCAACUCUAGAGAAGCUUGUAUGUAUGGUGCUAUGGAAACAGAGUCUGGAUCUGGGGCAGGAGACACAGAUGACCUCACCAACUCUUCAAUUAAUUGCAACAUGUGGGCGACAAUGCAGCCCUACUCUCGCUAUAGCAUGGAGGGUGUCCCAUACCAGCCCUUCGCUGCUCAUUUCACCAACGCUGCCGGAGUCUCACCAGUUGUACCACACCCCUCAUCGUCCAUGGCGUCGCGCCCCCAGUCUGACUUGGGGGUCUACAACUCAGCUACAGCUCAGCGAGGUCUUCCAGUCAUACCUCCAUCACCCUCUUCUUCAUCCUGCCCUCCAGCUGUUCUGGGAUCCAGAGAUAGAUCAGGCCAUUCAGCAUUGUACAACAAGAAGCCAGGGUCGCCGAUUCGUCCUCAUAGAGAUUUCUCAUCCUAUCCGACUCAAGGCACUAUAUCCAUUCGUGAGCCAUCCUAUCAGUACCAAGUGGGGCUAAGCAGCACAGGGACUCAUUGGACUGACAGUUAAUGUGAACCACUCAAGAAAACACUUUUGUCCAUUGUACAAGUCAAAAUUAAUCAAGUUCCCAAAUCCAACUUGGGUCUGCUGAUGACUAGUGAUGACAAUGAACGGACAUGGUCAUUGCUAAUUUUGCACUCCAAAUCCGUCUUCAUCCUCGGGUUCUCACUGACGCUCUAUUACACAGACUUAAUGUGGUGAACAGAGCCUUACCUCUGCCACAGAUAUGCAGAUGUGUAGCACAUGUUCAAGCCUGUUGUGGUUUCCUAUGUUCUCAUAAAUUGUAGGUCAAAAGUGAGAGGGGGCGAAAGGUUCAGCACAAGAAGUGUUAGUGUGACACUAAGUCUAAAAGUAAACAGCAAACAUGUAUCUCAAGAAUGUCAUGCACCUAACCUGAAGAGGGGUGAGGAUUAUGUUUUCAGAAAAUAACAUGGAUAAGGGAAAUCGACAGUUGCUAUGUUGUUAAUCUUGAAGAAAAUGAGAAGCACGGAUGGGUAAAUUAAGAGUACAGGAUUGCUCCUCAGGGAAAACUGAGCACUGAGGGCCCGUGGAUUUUGGCACAGCCUUUAUAGAGUACAUUCAAAGAAUGUGGCUGCUGCUGCUACAUUUUUUUAUGUUAAAGUCAAUGAAAAGUCCUGAACAAUCAGUGUGUUAUUCCACCUCUGAAUAAUGUAUGCCUUCCCUACCCUGUCUAUACGUCUUUAUCAAUCAUCCCCAAUUCCAUUGGUUCCUACUAAAAAUCAAUUAUGGCUCUCUUGCAAAAUAGAGUAAUCACCUUAAACACCUUUCCAUCAAUUUUUUGCAAAAACAUUUAUCAACAGGAGCAAAUUGUGCCUUUGUAGGACAUCUUUUUCAGUUGCUGGUUUUCUGUGGCAUUACUCUUGCAGUCAUUAAAAUGUAUAUAACCAACAAACCCUUUUAAUGGGUAGUGACCAGGCCACAUUAUUGACUCCAUAUCAAACACAGCAAGGAUUCUACAUUACCUUUACCAUGUGAGAAGACUGGCUAAAUCUCCAACAACAGAAUGAUGGCUGUUACCAUAGACUGUGUGAAAGAAGUUGACCUCGCCUCUUAGUUACAAACAUGAUGCCUUUGCAGAAAUGCCUUCGACCUGCAUUCAUGGAAAGGCCAAAUAGUGGGUACUCCACUGGUUUUAGAAAAUACAGUGGUGUAUUCUUUUGGGAUGCAGCAAGCUGUGUUUACCAAGUUGCUAAUACUGAUUUGUAUUAAAUGAUGGACGGCAUAGCCGCACCUCCAAAGUGAAGCCAAAUAUUUGGGGCUCCCUCUGCGGACUGCACACAAGCGCUGCCUCUUCCAUGUUAACAGAUGGGAUAUGGGGCAAACUAGAAAAUCAAAAAUCAAACAUGGUUUCUGACAUUAUGGUAAGCUCUUAUCACUCUUAUAUAUGUCCAUGACAUCAUAAUUGACAGCUCUCUUCAUACAUAGUCAUCUGGAUUAUGGUAAACAUAACAAACAAGAACACAAGAGUCAUUGAACUUUCCAUCCCAAGAAUGUGAGAAUGUGUUCUUCAAACUGACACAAUAAUCUGUUUUGCUGUGGACUGUACUCACCUGAGGGAUCUUUGGUGUUUUAAAAAUAAGCUGUGUGGGUUUUUGUUGGUGGAAGGGGCGGGACAUGAAUUCUAAGUCCUGGCUCCAAAUGACAUCACAAGCACAAUAUGUUGCAACCGGCGUGGGGGUUUUGGCUUCAUUUUGUUCAACAGGCUGAGAAAGGGAUUCUUCGGCCAUAUUUAUGAACAAUCAGAGGUUACUACCAGGGCGACCUUUCAACAGGGAUGGAUGCAGAGCAAUGUUAAUCCAGCCUUUCAUCACUUCUGGUCUCCAAGAAAAAAAAGGCAAUGGUUAAAAUGCCAAACAUUAGUCUUCAAAAAGGAAGUCCAGAAAGCAAUGGGUGAUAUUGCAGAGGCUAAGGCCACUUCUUAAAUCCAGUCUGUUGGAUUUACUCAAAACAAAUGAAAGUGACUGUUCCACUGCAACACAGAAACAUGUUAACCUGUGCAUUGAUAUACUGUUUGUUUUGGCCUUUUUCAUUGAUUUUAUUUGUAAGAUAAUAUACAAUAUCACCAACGUUUGGAUCCGUUCAACCAGAAGGGGGCUGGGUUGAUUUCUGAAAAGUUAUCACAAAUUUGUCAAGUCAAGCUCAAGUCCUUUUUUUUUUUGACAGAUGCCAAAAUGAUAUUUGCCAGAUCUUGAUGUUAAGGGUGAAAGUGCUUUGCAAAGUGAGAUUGAUUAUGUUACAAUAUAACAAGGGUAGAUCGUUGUUCAUACACUGUGAAUCUCAGCAUCACAGUCUUUUCCUAUAGUGUAUAUACAGAGAAAUCAACAAACAACCCAUAGUGAGAGACGCUGUUGUAUUUGUCCAAUCCAAAUACUUUUCAAAGGUCAAUGCUGGUUGUUUGAUAC